AUGCCUCUGUUGGCAUGGUUGUGGUUAUUUGCACAUAUUUUUUGUGUUGCAUGUGGUGGCUCCCCUAGCCACUGUAUAUGCAUAGCUGUUAGGAACGUGCUUGUAGGGAAGGCUGGACGUGACAAGGCUGAAGUUCCAGAGGGCAUGGGAGAGAAUGAUGGCGAUGGUGAAGGUAUUGACAACACCUUGAAAGACUUGCCUGAGGUUCUUGAUUUACUGGACUUGAACAUGAGGUCAAAGACUGCAGUUUGGAUUUCCAGAGAUAGAGGUCAAGGAUGGAGACAGAGUUGUGCAGAACAGACAGAGUCCAGAGUCCAGAGUUCAGAGUGUUGUGUUAACAAGUAUAACAAGAUACUCAAACUGAGGUAUAAGUUCACUACAGCUUGGGCGUUUAUAUGGAGUAAGCUAAUUAUGGAUGAAGCAUACACAAUAAGACCAGAGUUCAGACAUGGAGAAACAGAACCAGAGAUUGGAGGACCGGAGUUGCGAGACUUGGUGGCAUGGAUGUGA